AUGGACAGGUUGUGGGAGGUGGAAGAGGAGGAAUAAAAGCCAACCCAACCACUUGCAGAUCAGAUUUUACACCUUGGCUUUGUCUCCCAUUUCUGUUCUACCCUGAAUACAACUGUGCCAAAGUUCAGUGCUCACAACCCCGGGACAAUAGGAGAAAGAAGACACUGAACUAGAUGUUCUCUAGCAGCUUCAUCUUACAGAUUGCGGGUGAAGGCAAACACUUGAGACUAUUCAACAAGGCAGCGCAGCAGGAUUCCCUCCAUUUGACAGUGUCAUUCUGAAACAUCAAAAGUCACAAUCAGCUUUAAUUGAUGCAGCGCAACAUGGCCGCUAGGAAGGCAGAGGUCCAGCGACGGAUUGUGUCCAAGGACGGCCACAACAAUGUGCGGAUUGAGAACGUAGAGGGCAUGGUGAAGAUGUACCUGCAUGACAUCUGGACCACUGUGGUGGACAUGAAAUGGCGCUACAAACUCACUCUGUUUACCUCCACCUUUGUCAUAACUUGGUUCAUUUUUGGGGUCAUCUAUUACUUCAUUCUCAUGAGCAACGGAGACGUUGGGACCGGUUGGUAUUCCAACCACACACACUGUGUGACAAACGUGGAGACGCUCACUGGAGCCUUCCUGUUCUCUCUUGAAUCGCAGACCACCAUUGGCUAUGGUUUCCGUCAUAUCUCAGAGGAAUGUCCCCUGGCUAUCUUCACUCUGGUGGCUCAGAUUGUGAUCACCGGCCUGGCUGAGAUCUUUAUCACUGGCGCCUUUCUAGCCAAACUGGCUCGGCCCAAGAAACGAGCAGAGACCAUCAAGUUCAGCCAGUCGGCGGUGAUCUGCUGGCACCUAGGCAAGCUGUGUCUGAUGGUGAGAGUGGCUAACAUGAGGAAGAGCCUUCUGAUCCAGUGCCAGCUAACGGGAAAGCUCCUCCAGUCCAAUGUGACACAGGAGGGUGAGAAGACACAAGUCCACCAGAGCUCUGUGGAUUUCAACAUUGACUCCAGUGGAGAGUGCCCUUUCCUCAUUCUACCGCUCACCUUCUACCAUGUUCUGGACGAGAACAGCCCGCUCGCAGGACUGAAUGCAGAAAACUUGCACACUCGUGAGUUUGAGCUGCUGGUCACCCUCAAUGCCACCAUGGAGUCGACGGCAGCCACGUGCCAGAGCCGCACCUCCUACCUUCCUCAGGAGAUCCUCUGGGGUUACGAGUUCAAGCCGGUGCUGUUCACCACCACAGGUGGCCGUUAUGUGGCAGAUUUCAACUUUUUUGACAAGGUACAAGUUAGCAAUGAUGCAGCCUUCCUCAGUAAUGACACAGAGAAGCUAUUACUGGAGCAGGACUUUAAAAAAGAAUAGAGGACACGUGUCCUCUUUGGCUGAGCUGCCCGUCUGGAGGGAAUUUGCAUUUAUUUAUUUUAUGCUUUAGUGGUUGCAUAAAUAUGAGUAGUUCUUAAUUGCUAAAGUUAGACUAAAUUAAAUAGCCAUAUCAUCCAAACCUUUAUUACUUUUUGAUAGGCAUGCCUCUGCAGGACACAGAGACUGGGCAACCCGAUGCCCUCUGUCUUGUGACACUGUAGCACGCCCACUUUACGGCAUGACAUACCCCCUGAGAUAACUUCCUGGAUUAACGUACGUAUUUUAGCGUUUUAUACAGUCAAUGAUUUUAACCUAAACUAUGAUCUUGUCUUAAACAUAACUAAGUCAUUUUUGUGCCUAACACCUAACUAAGCAGUUUUGUGCUUAAAACCCAACCAAGUUGUUUUUGUGCCUAAAACCUAACCAAAUAGUUUUUGUAUCUAAUCCUAACCAAGUUGUUUUUGUACCUAAAACCUAACCAAAUAGUUUUUGUACCUAAAACCUAACCAAGUUGUUUUUUGUACUUAAACCCAACCAAGUUGAUUUUGUGCCUAAAAUCUAACCAAGUUGUUUUUAUGCCUAAACCUAACCAAGUUGUUUUUGUGCCUAAAAUCUAACCAAAUAUUUUUUGUACCUAAUCCUAACCAAGUCGUUUUGGUGCCUAAAACUAAGUUGUUUUGGUGCCUAAAACCUAACCAAGUCGUUUUGGUGCAUAAAACUAAGUUGUUUUGGUGCCUAAAAUCUAACCAGGUCAUUUUGGUGCCUAAAACCUAACCAAAUCGUUUUGGUGCCUAAAACCUAACCAAAUUGUUUUGGUGCCUAAAACCUAACCAAGUCGUUUUGGUGCAUAAAAUCUAACCAGGUCGUUUUGUGCCUAAAACUAACCAAGUUGUUUUUGUGCCUAAACCUAACCAAGUCGUUUUGGUGCCUAGUACCUAACCAAAUCGUUUUGGUGCCUAAAACCUAACCAAAUCGUUUUGGUGCCUAAAACCUAACUAAAUUGUUUUGGUGCCUAAAACCUAACCAAGUCGUUUUGGUGCAUAAAACUAAGUCGUUUUGGUGCAUAAAAUCUAACCAGGUCGUUUUGUGCCUAAAACUAACCAAGUUGUUUUUGUGCCUAAACCUAACCAAAUCGUUUUGGUGCCUAAAACCUAACCAAGUCAUUUUGGUGCCUAAAACUAACCAAGUCGUAUUGGUGCCUAAAAUCUAACCAGGUCGUUUUGUGCCUAAAACUAACCAAGUUGUUUUUGUAUCUAAUCCUAACCAAGUCGUUUUGGUGCCUAAAACCUAACCAAGUCGUUUUGGUGCAUAAAACUAAGUUGUUUUGGUGCAUAAAAUCUAACCAGGUUAUUUUGUGCCUAAAACUAACCAAGUCGUUUUGGUGCCUAGAACCUAACCAAAUCGUUUUGGUGCCUAAAACCUAACCAAAUCGUUUUGGUGCCUAAAACCUAACCAAGUCGUUUUGGUGCAUAAAACUAAGUCGUUUUGGUGCCUAAAAUCUAACCAGGUCAUUUUGUGCCUAAAACUAACCAAGUCGUUUUGGUGCCUAGAACCUAACCAAAUCGUUUUGGUGCCUAAAACCUAACCAAGUCGUUUUGGUGCAUAAAACUAAGUUGUUUUGGUGCCUAAAAUCUAACCAGGUCGUUUUGUGCCUAAAACUAACCAAGUUGUUUUUGUAUCUAAUCCUAACCAAGUCGUUUUGGUGCCUAAAACCUAACCAAGUCGUUUUGGUGCAUAAAACUAAGUUGUUUUGGUGCCUAAAAUCUAACCAGGUUAUUUUGUGCCUAAAACUAACCAAGUCGUUUUGGUGCCUAGAACCUAACCAAAUCGUUUUGGUGCCUAAAACCUAACCAAAUCGUUUUGGUGCCUAAAACCUAACCAAGUCGUUUUGGUGCAUAAAACUAAGUUGUUUUGGUGCCUAAAAUCUAACCAGGUCAUUUUGUGCCUAAAACUAACCAAGUCGUUUUGGUGCCUAGAACCUAACCAAAUCGUUUUGGUGCCUAAAACCUAACCAAGUCGUUUUGGUGCCUAGAACCUAACCAAAUCGUUUUGGUGCCUAAAACCUAACCAAGUCGUUUUGGUGCCUAAAACCUAACCAAAUCGUUUUGGUGCCUAAAACCUAACCAAAUCGUUUUGGUGCCUAAAACUAACCAAGUCGUUUUGGUGCCUAGAACCUAACCAAGUCGUUUUGGUGCCUAAAACCUAACCAAAUCGUUUUGGUGCCUAAAACUAACCAAGUCGUUUUGGUGCCUAGAACCUAACCAAGUCGUUUUGGUGCCUAAAACCUAACCAAAUCGUUUUGGUGCCUAAAACCUAACCAAAUUGUUUUGGUGCCUAAAACCUAACCAAAUUGUUUUGGUGCCUAAAACCUAACCAAGUCGUUUUGGUGCAUAAAACUAAGUCGUUUUGGUGCCUAAAAUCUAACCAAGUCAUUUUGGUGCAUAAAACUAAGUUGUUUUUGUGCCUAAACCUAACCAAAUCGUUUUGGUGCCUAAAACCUAACCAAGUCAUUUUGGUGCCUAAAACUAACCAAGUCAUUUUGGUGCCUAAAACUAACCAAGUCAUUUUGGUGCCUAGAUCCUAACCAAGUCGUUUUGGUGCUUAAAAACUAACCAAGUUGUUUUGGCGCCUUAAACUAACCAAUCAGUUUUGGUGCCUAAAACCUAACCAACGACUUUUCCUGCCUAAAACCUAACCAGGUUGUUUUGGUGCCUAAAACCUAACCAACUACUUUUCAUGCCUAAAACCUAACCAAGUCGUUUUGGUGCCUAAAACCUAACCAAGAAGUUUUUUAGAGAAAUUAUUUAGAAAUUAAAUGGAAUGAGAAUGAUAACAUUUUGCCUGCACCAUCUUUACAUUAUUGUCUUAGGAAAUUCCUUAGACAGAAAAGUUUAUCAUAGAAAUCUAUUUAUCAAUGGAAAUUUGAAUGCAAUCAAAACUUGAUUUUUGCCCUUUUUUCAGGUUACAGCAAUAGCCCCUCAAAAGGUCUGUGCACAUCCCUGACAAAGAUUUAAUGUGUAGGUAAUCAGACAGCUUUGGAGUUGAUGGAUGGAAGGUGUACUUUUCAUUUUCAGAUCUAUAAACCAGCAGUAUCCCCCUGUUUCUAGUCUUUGUGCUAAGGUAACACAUUUGAUCACUGUCCCGCACAGAAACUGAAAUUAGUAGGCUAUGAAACUCUACAUCUGACUACGUAACUCAAUGAACAAGCAUUUCCCCUCAAAAUAUCUGACUAAGAUACUGAUUAUCAGUACUAAAUAUACAUUUCUAGCAGCUUCAAUCCCAAAACAUCAGUAUCAGCAUCUUGUGUAAAUUUCAAACUAAGAGGAUCUCUUUACCUGGAGUAGAGAAAUCUGAUGCUACGAUCAAUAUGAGUAUAUGUGCCUAUUACACAUCCACUGGUGCUGAUGUUUCUGUUUUUUAUUUGAAUGCCAUAUCCUUUCUUAAAAGAAAUCAGAAUGUGCAUGACGUGAUUCCUGGAAACAUAUGGAAGCGUUUUUUGUUAUGUUAUUAGAACAAAUAGAUUAUGAUGGUAAUAACACAGUGGGUAUGGUGGUACAAAUGGGUAUAUGAUGUAGAAUUAAAAGGCUAAUAAAAGUGAUUGGUUUUGCUUUGCAAAUAAAGGUUUCUUUAUUAUUUAAAAAAUAAAAA